AUGCAGAACAUCACGGGUCUGGGUCCCGAGAGCCCGUGGACGUCGAACUUGCUGAGCGCCACUGGCAUCACGCACUUCUCGAACGAGGAGCUGAAGGACACGUUCGACAAGAUGCGUGGCGAAUCUCAGGAGCUGUCAAAGGAUCAGAUGCCCUUGUUCUUCAAGAAGGCCUACGGAUUCGUUCCAAUGCCCGACGAAAUGAGCCUGUACGUGACCGCGCUGGACCUCGACAAUAGCGGUGGGAUCAGCUGGCCAGAGCUGGAGGCCGGACUCGACCACGUGCGCGGCAUCAUGGAGGAGAUCGCCAAGAAUGCCACGGAACACUCGUCCCACAGCGACCUCAAGGACGAUAUGAGGAAGCACCGUCGUUUUGCGAAGGCGCCUAUGGACAAGUACAAGGCCCCGAUGACAGAGGCGCAGGCCGUGGGCUGGCACGAGGAGGAGGUGGAGAACGAGCGCUACCCCAAAAAGACUUGCGCGGAGACGAAGUACUGCCACUCCAUGCUCUUGACGAACAAGCACUUCGACCCCUUCUGA